GUUGUGAAAUCCGCCAAAAUCUGUCAUUCAAUUCAAUAAACUUUGAUAUUUUUCUUUUGGUUGCUAACCUUGAGAGCUUCCAAAAACACGUUAAUCAUGUCCCGUUGUCUCUUUCCUCCUUGGGCCUUCCCUUUGAAAGCAAUGCCGACGGAAUCAAACAUACCCAAAAGACAAGCUUUGUGCAUUCCGUCUGCACAUUCUCUUCCACGCAUCUACUCCCAGAACAACGUACAAACAUGUGCAAGAGAACAAGUUUACCUUCACAUGCAUCAGAUUGGUUUAUCAUAGAGAUUAUCGUAAUCUCAUCUUCUUGUCAUUUGCCUGGUCUUCAUGACAUUACAUAAGGUUCUUUCCAUGAAGCUUAUAGCCAUUUAGUGUUGCUUUCCCAGCAACUUAGGCAGUUGAACUCCCCGAUACGAAUUUUGCAUUCGGCGUGCUGCAAAUUGAAGGAAAAUAAUGGAGAAGAAGCACUUUGUAGAAGUGGUAUUAUUGUGUGUCAUCUUAGUUUUUGAGGGCCACUGUACUCAAAGAGUACUCUGUACUAGUGUGACUUAUGAUGGUAGAGCACUGGUCAUUAAUGGACAGAGGAGGAUUUUGCAGUCCGGCUCUAUCCAUUACCCACGAACCACGCCUGAGGUAUGGCCCGAGCUUAUUAGGAAAGCCAAGGAAGGGGGGCUAGAUGUGAUCGAGACUUAUGUUUUCUGGAACUAUCAUGAGCCCGUGAAAGGACAGUAUUACUUUGAAGGAAGAUUUGACCUCGUGCAGUUUGUUAAGGUGGUGCACGAAGCUGGUCUCUUUGUCCAUCUGAGAAUCGGCCCUUACGUUUGUGCCGAGUGGAAUUACGGGGGUUUCCCGAUGUGGCUACACUUCAUUCCAGGAAUUCAAUUCCGCACUACCAAUACGCCUUUCAAGACCGAAAUGGAGCUUUUUCUUGGCAAAAUAGUCGGAUUGAUGAAGGAGGAGAAUCUCUUUGCGUCCCAAGGCGGACCCAUCAUUCUUGCACAGGUAGAGAAUGAAUACGGUAUUGUCGAAGAGGCGUAUGGAAUUGGUGGACAAUUAUAUGUCCAAUGGGCAGCAGAAACUGCUGUUAACAUGAAUACGUCCGUACCUUGGGUGAUGUGCUCACAAAGGGACGCACCGGAUCCAGUUAUCAACACCUGCAAUGGAUUUUACUGUGAUCAGUUCACUCCGAACUCUCCUUCCAAACCCAAAAUGUGGACGGAGAACUAUGUCGGAUGGUUUCUCGCAUUCGGCUACCCAAUUCCGUAUCGACCGGUUGAGGACCUUGCUUUUGCAGUGGCGCGCUUUUUUGAAUAUGGCGGUACUUUUCAGAACUAUUACAUGUAUUUCGGAGGAAGCAACUUCGGACGAACUGUUGGUGGGCCUUUGGUUGCAACAAGUUAUGAUUACGAUGCUCCUUUGGACGAGUAUGGUUUUAUCAGGCAGCCGAAGUGGGGGCACCUACGCGACCUACACAAGGCUAUAAAAGUAUGUGAAGAUUAUUUGGUCAGUUCUGAGCCGACUCAUGUGCAACUUGGCUCUAACUUAGAGGCACACGUCUACUACAAGUCUUCAAAUGACUGUGCAGCUUUUCUUGCGAAUUAUGACAACAGUCAAGAUGCUACAGUCCAAUUUAACGGGAAUUCGUACUUCCUUCCUGCUUGGUCUGUGAGCAUCCUUCCGGAUUGCAAAACCGUCAUCUAUAACACUGCAAAGGUUGUUUCACAAAGGACUGUUGCCGAUAGUGCAUUUGCUCAUGCAACCACUGCACGUGAGACUUCUAUUGCACCAUUGUCCUGGAGUUGGUAUAAAGAACAUGUUGGUAUCUGGGGCAACAAUUCUUUUACUAGCCCAGGCCUAUUGGAGCAAAUAAAUACGACAAAAGAUACUAGCGACUUCCUAUGGUACACGACCAGUAUCUACGUAGAUGAGAAUGACGCAUCAAGUCAAGAGAAAGAAGGUCUUUUGUUACUUUUGAGUUUGGGACAUGCAGCUCUCGUUUUCAUUAACCAACAAGUUGUCGGAUUCGGAUAUGGAAACCACGACAGUGCAAAUUUCUCAAUGACUCAGAAAAUUAAUCUUAACCCAGGAAAUAAUACACUGGAUGUGCUGAGUAUGAUGAUUGGUCUACAGAACUUUGGGCCUUGGUUCGACGUUCAAGGAGCGGGACCCUUCUCUGUCAUCGUCGAUGGACUUGGAAAUGGUAAAACCGAUCUCUCUUUUGGAGAAUGGACCUAUCAGGUGGGACUUGAAGGUGAAUAUCUUGGAUUAGAUAAAAUAAGCAUGGCAAAUAGCUCACUAUGGACAAAGGGCGAGCUCGUACCAGUUAAUCAGAGCUUAAUCUGGUAUAAGGUGAUGUUUUCGGCUCCUCAAGGAACCGGCCCAUUAGCGUUGAAUCUCGCUAGUAUGGGGAAGGGACAAGCGUGGGUGAACGGGCAGAGCGUAGGGCGUUACUGGCCAGCUUAUCUCUCGCCGCUGACCGGCUGCACCGACAACUGCGACUACAGAGGAAGUUAUGAUGCAUCCAAAUGUCAGAAGGAUUGUGGCAAGCCUGCCCAAACAAUGUAUCAUGUCCCGCGCUCUUGGAUAAAUCCAGGAGAGAAUCUCCUAGUUCUUCACGAAGAGAUCGGAGGAGAUCCUUCGAAAGUUUCCGUGCUAACACGCACCGGCCAAGAAAUAUGCGCAGUGAUAUCCGAAGCAGAUCCUGCUCCGGUUGAUUCUUGGAAACCGAAUUCAGAGUUCACGCCAAACGGCCCUCUAGUUCAACUCUCCUGUGAAGCUGGGUGGCGCAUUACUUCGAUCCGCUUCGCUAGCUUCGGGAAUCCUCAAGGAAGCUGCGGUGCAUUUGCUCCAGGAGCUUGUCACUCUGAUGUAGUAUCAGUUAUAGAGAAGGCUUGUAUCGGUCGGGACGCAUGCUCGAUACCGGUAUCGGUAGAUACGCUCGGCGACCCAUGCCCGCUGGUCCUAAAGAGUUUGGCCGUUGCAGCUCUAUGCAGCUAGCGGUUGUAGUUCAUAUGGAUUGAACUUCCUUGCUUGCCUUGUUUCUAGGCUUUCUUCUAUUAUGGUGUCCAAAGGGCUUUUAUCUCGUAAGUAAAAGCAAGAACAAGGCAGUUAUUUGGUCUAUUUCAGCUGUCUCUGCCAUUUGAUUGUAAAAGGUACUAUGCAUUGUGCUUAUUCACAUAA